AUGCAGGCGAGCCGACAGAGGAUAGGACGGCAAUUGCUGGGCGGAAGGAAGAGCAGGGUGGCUAGGGAGCCGUACAGAUGUUUCUCGUGCUCCAUCCGACAAGCGCAGCAGAGCACGCCGCCACCGAAGUCGCCGCAGAAUGGCGGCAGCGGCCAGCAGACGCAUUUUGGGUUCGAGACGAUAUCUGAAGCGUUGAAAGAGCAGAGGGUCGGCGCAGUAUUCUCCUCCGUAGCCUCUUCCUACGACUCCAUGAACGACUUCAUGUCCCUCGGCAUCCACCGCCUCUGGAAAGACCACUUCGUGCGAAACCUGAACCCGGGGUUGAACCCCCUCACCUCUCCCACCAGCCAACAAGGCAUGUCCAUCCUCGACAUCGCCGGCGGCACCGGCGACAUCGCCUUCCGCAUGCUCGACCACGCCUCUACCAUAAACCACGACCCACACACGCGCGUCGUUGUCGCAGACAUAAACCCCGACAUGCUAGCUGAAGGCCGGAAGCGAUCUUUACAGACACCGUACGCGCGGUCUCCACGAUUGGAUUUCGUGGAAGCCAACGCCGAGAAAUUGGACAUGAUACCCGACGCAUCCGUCGACCUCUACACCGUCGCCUUCGGCAUCCGCAACUUCACACAUAAAGAAAUCGCCCUGAAAGAAGCUUUCCGCGUUUUGAAGCCCGGCGGCGUAUUCGCGUGUCUCGAGUUCAGCAAAGUCAACAACCCGGUCUUCGACGCCGUGUACCAGCGCUGGAGUUUCGGUGCUAUACCUCUGAUAGGGCAGGUGGUUGCCGGGGAUAGAGAGAGUUAUCAGUAUCUUGUAGAGAGUAUAGCGAGGUUUCCGAGUCAGGAGGAGUUCAGCAAUAUGAUCAGGGAGGCCGGGUUUUUGGUUCCCGGCAAGGGGUGGGAGGAUUUGACUAUGGGGAUUGCGGCUAUUCAUAAGGGGGUUAAGCCGAAGGUUUAG